CUGCGAGCGACGCCUGCCGCUCUCCUGCUCCCGCUCCUGCUGCCGCUGCCAGGAGAGGCCAUGGCCGGAGGACGGAGUGUCCCGAUGCUCCUGCUGGCCCUGCUGGCCCUGCAGCGCGUGGAGGCUGUGAAAGUUGGGAAUGUGWUGUUCGAGUUUGACUUGUACCAGCGGGCUGAGACGCUGCAGCAGGAGGGCGGGCAGUUCAUGUUCGACUUCGAUGGGGACGAGAUCUUCCACGUGGAUCUGCAGAAGGCCGAGACCCGCUGGCGCCUACCUGAGUUCGGGGAGUUCGCCGGCUUCGAGGCCCAGGGAGCUCUGCAGAACAUGGCUGUAAUGAAACAUAACAUGGAGAUGGACAUAAAGAGGAGUAACCGCUCUCAGGGGACGAUCGAGCCACCUGAGGUCACAGUCUUCUCUGAGGACCCUGUGGAGCUGGGUGACCCCAACGUUCUCAUCUGCUACGUGGACAAGUUCUGGCCAUCCGUGAUCAACAUCACGUGGCUGAAGAACGGGCAGGAGGUGGUGGACGGCGUCUUCGAGACCGUUUACUACCUACGGGAGGAUGACACCUUCCGCAAGUUCUCCUACCUGCCCUUCGUGCCCACGCGGGGCGACUACUACGACUGCCGGGUGGAGCACUGGGGGCUGCCCAAGGCCCUGCUCAAGCACUGGGAGCCCCAGGUGCCGCUGCCCGUGUCCGAGAGCACCGAGACGCUGGUGUGCGCCCUGGGCCUGGCCGUGGGCAUCGUGGGCAUCAUCGCGGGCACCGUCCUCAUCAUCAAGGCCAUGAAGAUGAACAGCGGCCGCAACGCGCGGGGCCCCCUGUGAGCGGGCAGAGCCCUCGGCUCCCUGCCCGCCCCACGGCCGGACGCGUGCGCCCCUCGCUGUGCCGUGCUGGGAGCCGCUCAUCCCAGCGUGCCCAGCGUGUGACGUGCACCCCGCUAGACCCYGUCAGUGCCUCCCUCGCCCGUGACCUCUACGUGUCGACCCGACAGACAGCUCCAGCGCUCAGCCCCGCUGCUGACCUGUCCCCGGGCUGGGCUGGGGACAGCGGUGGCUCUCAGCUCCACUCUGACUCACGGGAAACGGUGGCAGAGCCUGGGGGUCUGGCCUGGGAUGAGCACCCAGCCCUCGCUGUAAGCGCACUGGGGCUGCCCUGUCCAGACCCCCCGGUCCCGUGGCCGCUUCCCGAUGGGGGCCAAGCGUCUCCUCCCAGCCCAGAUGUGGGGCCUUCCCUGCAGACCCUGCACACAACUCCACGCUGUCCAUGCCUGCUCUGCU